ACUGGCCAAAAAAAAAAAGCAACUGUAGGAAACUGUAAAACCCGAUUUUAUCCGAAACGCAGCGUCUGAUUAGCCCCGUUAAAAUAAAGUUUUCGUUCCACCGCAGAGCCUUCUCUCUCUCUCUCUCUCACCUAUAACCCAUGUAGCUGACUCCAUUGAAAGCUGAACGAUAAUCCCUCCUUGUUUCGCCAAUUUCAUAAAUGGAAGGGGGAUGGACGGGAUUCAACAAUAAUGCUAUGGAUUUCUUCAAUAGCACUGCGGUGAUGGAGGCGUUCGUCGACGUCUUGGUCUGCGCGGUGCCGAUUUGGGUCGCGGUCAUGAUCGGCUUGUUGAUCGGGUGGUCGUGGCGGCCGAGGUGGUCCGGAUUGGUCUUCCUCGGCCUCCGAUCCAAGCUCCGCUACGUUUGGACCCUGCCGCCGGGGCUCGGUGCGCGGCGGUUCUGGCUCGCCUUCACGGCGCUCUCCGCCUUCUCGCUUUGCCGCGGCCUCUGGUUUCGAUCCCGUGGAAUGAGCCGGAAGGUGGAUAAUUCAUCGGCGCAGGAGUCGGCGGACUCGGCGUCCAAUUUGGCACCGCCGCCGGCCGCCUCCGCUCAGGAGUCGGCUGAUAAUUGUAGCUGCAGCGACAUCAGGCCUCUAACUGGAGCUCCAGAUGGAGAACCGAAUGCUGUCACAGAAAAAGACUUGGAACACCUGUUAAAGCUUCUUAAUGUGAAAGAUGGAGACAUGGCAUGGCAAAGCAUGAUGGAGCGCUCCACAACAAACAUGCAUUACCAAGCUUGGCGCCAUGAGCCUACGAAUGGCCCAACAGUUUACCGAAGCAAAACCAUUAUUGAGGAUACAACUCCAGAGCUUGUCAGAGAUUUUUUCUGGGAUGACGAGUUUCGGCCUAAUUGGGAUCCUAUGCUCGUAUACGUCGACAUCCUGGAAGAAUGCCCUAAUACAGGGAUGAUGACUAUGCACUGGAUUAAGAAGUUCCCUUUCUUCUGCAGCGAUCGAGAAUACAUCAUUGGUAGGAGAAUAUGGGAACAAGGAAACGGAUAUUAUUGUGUGACAAAGGGAGUACCAUAUGCAGCUUUGCCGAGGCGUGACAAACCUAGGCGUGUUGAUCUCUAUUUUUCGAGCUGGGUUAUCAAGCCUGUUCAAUCGCGUAAAGAUGGCCAGUCAUCAGCAUGUGAGGUCACGCUCAUUCACUACGAAGACAUGGGGAUACCAAAAGACGUCGCUAAGCUAGGCGUUCGUCAUGGGAUGUGGGGAACUGUGAAGAAGCUACAUGCUGGCUUUAGAGCAUACCAGAAUGCAAGAAAACAAGAGUCAUCGUCACUAUCCAGAUGUGCUAUCAUGGCAAGGACGACCACUAAAAUCUCUUGCAAUGAAGGAACUGAUCCUAAGGAGCAAGAACCCGAUGAUCGAGAGCAAAGUGAAUUCGCAGGAGUAGGCAGGCAGAGAGGUGGCAGUGGAAUCGACUGGAGGUGGGUAGCGAUAGGGGGAACGGUGGCCGUUGUUUGUGGGCUCCAAACGGGUCUGAUCGGGAGAAUGUUGGUGAUCGGUGGAGCGGGGCACAGGAUUGCGGCGAGACGAGGUAACAGGCUGCGAUAAUUAGAUGAAAACGAGGCUUUAGAAACGAGUGAUGCAGUAAAAUGGGUGUACCUCUGUCGGUACAUAUUUGAUUAUUGCUCUAGUUUUGGGCGUUUCAUAGCGUCUAGAUCCUAGUCUUCGAUUUCGAUGUACUCUCAUAUUUCUGGCUAUAACAUCAUAAAUUAUAUCUUCUCAUCUUCUUUA